GCGGGGAGAGGCGGCCCGACGCACUGAACCGGGAGGCCGGGGCAGUGGGCUACCAGGACGGCGCGGUGCCGGCGAGGGCCCAGCUCCGGCAGAGAUCUCCGGACUGCGCCACGGAGGAGGUAGCUUCCGGGUCUGCAGGCAGGAGGAGAAGAUGAAGGAAGAUUGUGCACCCAGUUCUCACGUGCCCAUCAGCGACAGCAAAUCCAUUCUGAAGUCGGAGCUCUUACACCUGCUGAAAACCUACAACUGCUACCACGAGGGCAGAAGCUUCCAGCUGAGACACCGAGAGGAGGAAGGGGAGCUGGUCAUCGAGGGGCUCCUCACCAUUGCCUGGGGGCUGCGGCGGCCCAUCCGCCUCCAGAUGCAGGACGACCGGGAGCCGGCGCCCCUCCUCGGCCGCCUGGACGCCGGGCAGCCCAGCUGCCGCCUAAAGGAGCCACCUCUGCAGGGGGGUCCCGGCCCGCAGCCCCCGGAGCCCAGGCCUGAGAGUGCCCACAGCAGUUCAGGGCCCCCGGAGGAGGGCGAGGAGACCCCGCAGCUGAUGCGAACCAAGAGCGACGCGGCCUGCGUGGUCCAGCGGAGGCCCCGCUGCCGCAGCCCCGACGAGACCCAGAGGACCCGGCGGCACCGCUUCUCCAUCAACGGGCACUUCUACAACCACAAGACCUCUGUGUUUACGCCUGCGUACGGGUCCGUGACCAACGUGAGGGUCAACAGCACCAUGACCACCCUGCAGGUGCUCAGCCUGCUGCUCAGCAAGUUCCGGGUAGAGAACAGCCCCAGCGAGUUCGCACUCUACGUGGUUCACGAGUCGGGGGAGCGGACAAAACUCAAAGACUGUGAGUACCCGCUGAUUUCCAGGAUCCUGCACGGGCCCAGUGAGAAGAUUGCCAGGAUCUUCCUGAUGGAGGCCGACCUGGGCGAGGAGGUUCCCCACGACGUUGCUCAGUACAUUAAGUUUGAAAUGCCGGUGCUGGACAGUUUUAUUGAAAAAUUAAAAGAAGAGGAGCAAAGAGAAAUAAUCAAACUGACCAUGAAGUUCCAAGCCCUGCGCCUGACGAUGCAGCAGCGCCUGGAGCAGCUGGUGGAGGCCCAGUAGCCAGCCAGAGCCCGCCUCUUCCGAAGCCACCAGCAGCCAACGCACGCCCAGUGCCUGCGAGCGGGCCCUGACCGGCGGCCCCUCCUGAGGAACCCGAACCUGUCUACCCGCCCGAGUACCACGAGCCCCAUGUUCUUAUCUCCACGUGAGCACUCGCACAAGCCUGAGCAGCAGGAAGUCACUAGUGGGGCUUCCUGCUGGUUUAGUGGGAGCUGAGUGGAAGUUUGCUCUGGGCAUUGAGCAGCCCUGGCGCUGACUCCUGCCACGUUCUGGAUGGGCUGGCUAGUCCUGUGCACAUCACAUCUCCUGCUUAGGAGAGCGGUACCUGCCCGAGCCUGGAGCUGGCACAGCCCCGCAGGCCCAGCCCGCCCUCUGCGUCCACGGGAGCCACCUUGUGCUGCGCUCCGGAGCACUGCCAGGGAGGCGGGCUGCCUGCAGGGAGGGGAGGUGCCUGCUGCCGGCACCACUUCACCGUGGCGUCCCUGGCUCCCGCCCCCAAACAUCCGAUGUCAGUCCCUGAGCCUCGCACAGCCCGGCACGCCGGAGGCAGAGGCCGGACAGGAAUGAGACCACGAGCUCCUGGCCUUCUCUCCGCGGCACUGACUCUAACCUUCCUCAGCAAGACCUGAAGGAAUCCUUCUGGGGAGCUCACCGCAGAGCCACGCCGGUCUGGUCCAGGGGAGGGGGCGGCCCAUGUGGCGUUGGGUGUACGUACGAUCCCUUGUGGGAGAGUCCAGGGUCCAGGGGCUGCCGUCAGCGGCUGGAGAAGGCAGUGCCCAGGCCCCGCCACACUGUCCCUCUCUGGCUGCAGCCUCCACGCAAAGCACUUCCCUCACAGGCGUGCGAUGAGGAGAAACGUCAGCCUGGGGAGAAAGGGCUUUGAAUUCAUUGGGCCCAGACACUGAGCCUCUUGGGUUUGUCAGCCGAUGGAGAAUUUCUGGCAGGAAUAAGAAGUCUUCUGCAAACCUAUGCAACACUUGAUGUCAGUCAUGGUAUUUGUCAGAAGCUAAAGACCCAAUUUCUUCCCGCUGCCGGUGGGUGGCCCACUUCAGGGGAAGAACCAGCGAGGCCUCCACAUGCAGGCAGCGGAUACCCCCUCUGCCUGGGCAGCGGCUCCCGCUGCGCCCACAGGAGCAGAGCCCGGGAGCAGCCAGGCUGCCAGUUUGCUGUCUGCUUCCUGUGGCAGCACAGUUUCCAAGGUGCUAAUAACGGUGUGCUCCCCUGAGCUGGAGGGGUCAGG